AAAUACAAAUCACAGACUACGUGACACCCUCAAAAGAAUCGGUGCCUUUGACGGAAGCCGGCCGCCGGAGACAGAGAGGAAAGCCACCAGAUUGAGGACGACGACGGCGAAUCUACUAACACUAUGAUUAAGGGAGUUCUAAUAAUGAACGAUCAAGGCAAACCUCGCCUCGUCAAAUUCUAUGAAUUUCAGCCGCCAGAGAAGCAGCAGGAGUUGAUUCGAAGUAUUUACAGAAUUCUAUGCAGUAGAGCUGAGAAUGUCAGUAAUUUUGUUAAAGUAGAUACUCUUCUGGGGCCGGACGUUCGAAUGGUUUACAAAACUUUCGCGACAUUGUACUUUGUCUUCAUAUUCGAUAAUUCUGAGAAUGAGCUUGCAAUGCUAGAUCUUAUGCAAGUUUUCGUGGAGACAUUGGACAAGUGUUUCAGCAAUGUGUGUGAGCUCGAUAUAGUGUUCAAUUUUAACAAGGUGCAUACAAUUUUGGACGAAAUCAUACUGGGCGGACAAGUUCUCGAGACAAAUUCUUCGGAAGUCGUUCGAGCCAUUGAAGACAUAUCUAAUUUUAUGCAGGUUGGAGAAGAAUGGAAGCUCAAUUAUUCCAUCCAUAGCAGCCUGGCAAGGUCGAUAGCAGCCUAAACCCUAAACCGUGACGAUGAACUUCAUGUUAAGCUCAACAAAAUCACACAUUCGAAGACAUGUACUAUAUUCAUAACAUGGAUUUGUCCCCCAAAUACUGUAACUCUAACUCUGCAUUUGAUGUGCAUUUUGCAUUUUUGUUUAGACACAAGUUCUGAAAAUUAGUAAAAAAAGUUUACUAGUUGAU